AUGGUCCCACACAACCUGAUUCAGGCUUGCUUCCAACAGUUCAAGACUGAUAGGACGGACUUUGAAGUUGAAGACUAUGAUUACAAUAGUAGCAUGAUGACGAAUGCGACAGAAGUGGGGGGCCACUAUGUUAACGGAGUCAACACAUUGGGUCUGAUUGUCUGGUCUUUGGUUUUUGGCGUGAUCCUCAACAAUAUGGGAGAAAAGGGGGAAAUCCUUGUCGAGGUCGUUACUGUCAUCAACGAGGCCAUAACAACUACGAUCAACAUGAUAAUGGGCUACUUGCCAGUCGGACUGAUGUUCAUGACUGCAAGCAAUGUUGUGGAGAAUUACGACUGGGAAACUAUCUUCAAACUUGGAAUGUUCGUCUUAGUGGUUGUGAUUGGGUAUGUUUAUCUUCUGAUGGCAGCAGUGGCCAGCACAGGAGCAGCAGGGCUCCCAGCUAAAGGAGCAGUGACCACUCUUUUUGUGUUGGCGGCGGCUGGUUUACCUGCAAAGGAAGCCUCCACUCUGGUGGUUGUCGAAUGGCUCCUGUAA